GAGAGAAAAGAGAGAGGUUUUAGGUGGCUCUUCCUCUUGGCUGUUCUGUUUGCCUCCCCGACUUUAUAUGGUGACUCGCAGGAGGCCGAGGACUGACAGACGGCCGAAAUGGCUGAUCAGCAGACAGCAGAGAAGCCCGCCCCAAAGCCCGAGAACAAAAGCAAAGAGCCACAGAAAUUUGUAUAUUUACAGCUCCAGCAAGACAGAACGGGCGAUGGAGGCGGUCGUGUUGCUGCAUUGGUUCCUGGCCGAGGCCCGAGUGGUCCUGCCCAUUUCAUACCUCUUACAGCCAAGCUAAACUCCAUUUCAGUUUUGGGGUCUGGCUCCAGGCCAUCACGCACUACUGUGCCACCUCCUCGUAAUCCUACUGGUGCUGUCGUAAGCGUUGGAUCACCACGUUCAGUUGUCGCCACCACAGUCACGGUUGCAGCCACCCGAUGUAUGGCAACCUCAGCAGUCACUGUCUCGAGUAGUAGACCGGUGACGACUGUAGCAGCCAGACCGGGAGCGGCAGCCACCGUUGUUCGCAAGACACAUACAAAUGUUGUGGUUUCAUCAGGAAUAUCUCGGCCGGUGGUGCCCCAAAGUGCAACUACUAUCACGGUCUUGGGGUCGGGGGGUCCACUCCCAAACACCCCUGCGACGGUCCUUCGUCCCUCCGCCAGCCAGGGCAGCCAGUCGCACGGCCCGGUUAUUCUUCACACAUCCAAAGUGUCGCCCCCUGUCUCCUCCUCCUCCACGUCAGGAGGCGGGAAGGUGGUGUCGCCCAGGCUGGUCCCAAUCCCCAUUACACAGGUGAGGUCAGGGGUCGCGAACAAGGCAGUUCUCUCCUACAGCGCCAUCCUGCAACCUGGGGGCAGCUCAGGUGGAGGGGGCGUGGUAGGCAGCAGCGUCAUGGCCAAGAAGGAAGGCCAUACACCCUCACAGCCCCUCCUUCUGCAGGCGGCUCCUCCUACCACGGUGAAGGGAGCAGCACUGGCCAAGACUGCAGGUGCUACAAUAAGCAUCAUUACUGGCAAGGGUACCAAGCAACCAGGGACAGUACCAGGUCCCACUCCCAACCCAGUGAACAUGCUCUCUGUUAAUCUCGGCCAGAACAAGCCCAACAUGAUCAAUUUCAAGAUAUCAAAUGGACAGAUUCAAGCUGAUAGCAUGCAGCAAGUUGAUGUUCUUCGGGAAGCUCGGCCAAUGGUCCAGGGAGGAGGCAAGCAAAUGGAUGAGCGGAAGGAUAACCCUAUUGUGAUGGCUGGUCUGGCCCAUGCUGUCGGAACAGGAUCUGUGACAGUUUCAGUCACGGGGUCAUUGCCAGGCGCAGGUCCUGGGGUAGGACCAGGGAUAGGAACUGGGCCAAUGAUUGUCCCUGGAACUGCAACAUCUUCAGUGCCAUUGUCUAACCAAGUGUCCAUACCAACGUCACUGCCAAUGACGGUGACUGUGGCAAGAUCAGUACCUGAACCUCCAAUAAGCUCAACUGUUGAUGACGAUUCCUCUAUAGAUACAAGAGAUUUGAUGUGCACAAACAAAGGAGAGAGAGAAGAUAUUCUGCAGAAAGCUGUCAGCCAGCUUGGGGUUGCGCUAGAGGAGAGCAGACAGAGAGGCCCAGAGGACUUCCCACCCUACCUUGAUACCUAUGACCACGAGCAGCAGCUGAAGCCAGACACAGAAUUCGUGGAACCAGAGAAGGAGAAGGAGGCAAAUGAAGAAGUGGUCAGGGUAAAGGAAGAGCCAAUGAACAUCGACUCGGAGUCACAGGUGCUUGACGUGAGAAAAGAGAUCUUGCGGACAAUGCUGAACAAGUCACAAAACUCGUCAAGGAGUUCUAGCCCAAGCCAUGAGGUGCAGGUUGAGCCCUUGGACAGAGUGAAGGAGGAAAAGUCUCCAUCAAGAGAAGCUGAAAACUGUACCGACCACAAGGCUGAUAACAGCCCAGCCGGGAAGCCCAAGCAGCAAGAGGCAGAAGAAGACAUCAAGCCUGAAAAAGUGAAGUUCAUCGAGCUCCUGAAGUGGGAGGAUGGGGUUGGAAAGCUAGAUGGAACGGAUCUCAAGUUCAAGAUCAACGAGUUUGAUGCUGUGGAGAUUAUUGAGGACAGAGAUCUGGAAGACAUCAAAAACAACCACUGCAAGAAGGUGGAGCCACUCACCCCCAGACAUCAUGCACGCAAACCCAACUUCCGUGACCUCAUAAAGGAUGAGGAAAUAUUCUCAGACAAUUCCCAGGAUUCAGAGUCACAAGGGAAUAAGUCAACGAGAGAAUCUGACGACAUCUGUUGCUGUAAGAACUGCGGCUGUUAUGGCCUUAGUUCAGAGUUCUUCCGUGACAGCAACUUCUGUUCUGUUGCCUGUGGAGAUGAACACGAUGCAAGAGAACUGGAGUGGGGUAAAGAACGGCUCAAGCAGGAGAAGGAGAGACAGAGGAGGAAGAAGCUCAGGCAGUGUGAAAAAGGCGAGGGAGAUGAGCAGGGGGCUGGCUGCGAAGGGAGGGAGGGAAACCGCAGUGAGGCCGAGGAAUCAGGGCAGGUCAGCGAUGAAGAAUCCAGACAAGCAAGGAAUCUCAUGGGCACGGAGUCCCUAGUGAGCCGAUUUCAGCAUCCGUGGCAAGAUGGGAAGAACAAUUUCUCUUGGGUGAAGUACUUGGAGCACUGUGGGAGAGCAAAAGGCAUGGCGAAGGCGGCACCCCUGAAGCUGUGGCCAGAGCCGUUUCCCUUUGGCAGGAAUCUCUUUAAAGCUGGCAUGAAGUUGGAGGCCAUUGACCCUCAACACCAGUCACUCUUUUGUGUCAUGACGGUGGCUGAAACCAUUGGGUACAGGGUGAGGCUCCACUUUGAUGGCUACUCAGACCAGUACGACUUCUGGGUCAAUGCUGAUUCACCAAACAUUUUUCCGGCUGGCUGGUGUGAGAAGAAUGGCCGGCAGCUGGAGCCACCCCUUGGAGUGCUAGGAUUUUCUUGGAAGGCAUAUCUAGAGCACUGCAAGGCUCAGACGGCACCUAGACAAGCCUUUGCCAAUAAAGGUAAUUCCACUGUCAUCCCACCUAAUAAUUUCCGGGUGGGCAUGAAACUCGAGGCAGAAGACAGAAAGAACAUGUGGGUCUGUGUAGCCACAGUGGCUGAUGUGCUUGAUAAUCGUGUACUCAUCCAUUUUGAUGGAUGGGACAAAGCCUUUGACUUCUGGAGUGAAGUGUCAUCUCCUUACAUCCACCCGGUUGGAUGGUGUGCAGACAAUAACAUCGUCCUCCACCCUCCAAAUAAUUACCCAAAUCCAGAAAGCUUCAACUGGCAUGAGUACAUCCAGGAAACCAAUUCCAUGGCUGUCCCUGCCAGGGCUUUUAAGACCAGACCUCCGAGAGAGUUCAAGAAGAACAUGAAACUAGAGGUUGUUGAUAAGAGGAAUCCGAGUCUCAUACGUGUGGCCACCAUAGUGGAUGUGCAAGACUACCAAAUAAAAAUCCAUUUUGAUGGCUGGGGUGAUGCCUACGACUACUGGCUUGAUGAUGACUCGCCAGACAUCCACCCACCGUCAUGGAGUAACAAGACAGGCCACCCUCUGCAGCCACCUUUAACCCCAGAACAACAGGCAGAGGAUGUAGAUUCUGGCAUGGGGUGUGGAACAGCAGGCUGUAAGGGCAUUGGACAUGUGAAGGGCCCCAUUUAUACCACCCACCACACGGCGUAUGGCUGCCCAUACUCUACACAAAAUCUGAACAAGGACUUGGAUACUUUGAUCCCAGACAGACUUCAGCCAGCCCAGGAGAAGAAGAAGGGCAAGAUUGCUCCGAAAGUCAAGCUGGAUCUCCGUCCAUUCAGUGGGAACAAGGAUGCCUUUGCAGACGAGACUCCCUGCCAGAAGAAGAGGGUCCGGAAGAGACGCAAGUUCUUUGACGAAUUGAGUCCCCCGGAGCCCACUCGACCACAGAAGGUGCCAAAGGCGAAUGAGGAGGUCAGGGCAGCCAGCAAUUCUAAUAUAUUACCCAGUGCAAUAUCCUCGUGUACCGUGACCAUUGCCACCGCCACAGCACCGAUAACGGUAACAACUGUUACAUCAAAUGCGACAACGCCAACUUCGUCCAACCAGGUAUCGCCCACGGGCUUCCCUCAGCAGCAGCAACAACAACAACAGUCACAGCAACAGCAACAACAACAACAGCACAGCAACAACAACAACAGCCACAACAUCAACAGCAACAACCAGCAACAACAACAGCAGCAGCAGCAGCAGCAACUCCAACAUCACCACCAACAACAUCACCUACACCAACAGCAACAGCAGCAGACCUCUGACCACGGGGUCGACAUGAUGGUGCACCAGUCCGUGUUCAACCCCGGCUACAACCCGCACCCGGCCGCCCCGAUCCCGCACUCGUGGGAACGGCACCGCCACCUCACGGCCUCCCUGGGCGACGCCAAGCGGGCCGACGUCGAGGCCUGGGACGCGAGCCAGGUCCAGCAGCUCGUGGCGAGGAUCCCGGGGUGCGAGCAGGUGUCCUCCGUGUUCGUGGAGCAGCAGAUCGACGGCGAGGCGCUCCUGAUGAUGACGCAGAACGACCUGGUCAACCUCCUGCAUAUCAAGUUGGGUCCGGCCAUCAAGAUUAUGGCGGUCAUCAUGUGUCUAAGAAGUUCAACUUAAGAGUGAAGUGUCUAUAUAUAUUUCUUUCUCUUCUUGGCUGUAUUCAUCAGUGGUAUAUUUGUAUCAGGGUAUUAUGAUAAGUUAUUUUGCGUUGGAUCAUGUGGUAGGCAUAGUUCAAUUAUUCAGAACAGUAACGAUCGUAAAAAUAUGUCUACCGAAUUGACUGACUCAUUCAUGUUGUUACGUAAUUUAAGACAUGCUGUAAAACAGGGUCUGUCUUCCGAGGCAUCACAAAAACCCCUCCCGCGUCCCGUAAGGAGAACCAGCUCCGUGAUCUGAAGCAGCUCGCAGGCGGCUGUGGACGGUUACCCUGGACAGGCUAAGCCUCGAGUCAGGGAUACGUUGGAGGACCCCGAAGUCGACGCGGCGUCAUUGUACAACUUGUCCUAUAAAGGAUGUUGCAGCUCAAGGUGGAGAAUUUAUAUGUGAUAUUUUCUUUGGAAGCUCAAUGUAAAUGCGUGUGCUCAGCUUGUGAAGCAUGUCUGUACAUAUCUUCCUGGAAACUUCAACUUGCAAUUGUGUCCACAUUCCAAUAACGGGUGCUGUUUUCGUGUGGGAAUGCAGCAUCCCCAUUGAAAUGCAAAUUCAGCCAUGAAUUAGUAACGCUGCUAGUCAUUUUAUAUAAUUUUUAAUAUUAUAUCAUCCUCGUUAAAGCACAGACGGGAUCAGAGUUCUCUUGCAGCCUCACUUGUUUUUGUACAUAAUAUUUAGAGAUUCAAGGAGGCAGGAGUGUACUCGCAUCUUUCCUUCCAUAUUAUUGUCACUUCCUGGAAAGUGAAUGGACAGUUACAACUACUCAGACUCUGGUAUUAUUAUUUUUCAGUUGAUUUGUGAUCUUUGUCAUCUUUUUCGAGUAGGCAAGACAAUCAGUGGGCCUGUGGAUGUUAACGUGCGAGUCUGUUUUACAUAUAGUUGUUUAAAGGGAGGCGAAAAGUAAGCUUUAUUUCCGGUGGUUCAAUUUCUUUGGUUUGGCUUGGAUGAAUUGUGGGUAACAACGAUAAAGCAAGAAUGGCCAAACCCCAGAAUUUGCAUUAGCAUUAAAGAAAAUUGAUUUUUUUUUGUUAAAAAGUAAUUUCAAAAUUCUGAAAUUACAAGUGACUGCUACUGUUUCUACCAUUUCAAAUUUGUUAUGAAAUAGCUAUCCAACAAAUUUAUAAUUAAUAUUGGAAUGAAACGGUUUCAAUGCUGUUUUACAAAGGUUAGCAUGUUGAAAAAAUAACAUCUGCUAAGCAGAUGUUUAUGAGGAGGAUUUGUAUAUAUGUACCAUAAUGGGGCAUAAAUAAAUUGCUUGAAACUG